UCCGAUUGUGUCUGUUCAUAACCACAAAAUACCUUGUGAUUGCUGAGUAUAAUGUAGUCAGAAUGUAUGUCUCCAAAAUAAAAAAAAAGUCUGGUGCAAUGGUGCUCAGGUAACGUACCUAUUGUACUUAUUGUAAUAAGGACUGCUGCAAUUGAAAUCUGGCAGAAGGAGGAAAGUUGAAAUUUGCAAAAAGUGCAUAGUAAAAUUCCCAGACCUUGCUGGUUGUAACAGAAAGUAUCUCUAAUAUUCUCUCUAUUUACUGAAUUGUUUUCUUUUGUAGAUAAAUUUGUUCAUUUAAACUUCAAGGCUUGAGUAAUGUAAUUAAUUUUACAAUGUGCUUUACAACUACAACUGAAACUGGUUAUGUCAAACGUACACUUGGCCUGGAUGUGGCUGUAUUUCAGAUGUUGAUAACGCUUCAGGUUUGAGGGAUAGAAUACCACAAGAAUGUGUGUGUGUAAAUUAUAUUCUUGUACCACAGGGGUCACAGAUCAUAACAUGGAUUUCAUAAAACCUGAACCUGAUCCAGGUGGACGGGCAUUCCGAUCAUCAGCCCACAGUGAAUAUCAGGUGACUGAUGUAAAACAGGAUGAGGAACCUGUGGUAAUAAACUUCCAGUUAAUGAAGACGGAAAAUGAGGAAAUUAUUGAUACAUUCAAAGAAGAGAAUGAUGUGGAUGCUGUGAAUGAAGAAGAUUCUGUUGGCUUGAGAAGUGAUGAGGUUUUUAUACCAUCAGCUGAACCUGAGGUGUUCACAGAUUUCCUUAAAGUUGAGCUUGAUUCAUGUAAUGAGACAUACGUAACAUCACACGAUGGAAAUGAGGUCAUUAGUAUAAAAGUUGAGGAGGCCACAGCUAUUCAAGAGGAGGAUCCUUUGUUAAUAACAUUACCAGAGAAUACACAGAAUGAACUUCAACCCAUGCAUUGUGAGGAGCGUCCAUACUUUUGCAAUGUGUGUCAUAAAUCAUUUAAUGAACAGAGAAAACUUAGCAAACAUCAACGCAUACAUACCGGAAGGCGUCCAUAUUCCUGUGAUGUUUGUAAUAAAGCAUUCAGUGAUCAGAGUCAUUUGAGGAUACAUGCACGCAUUCAUAGUGGAGAGCGCCCAUAUUCUUGUGAUGUAUGUCAAAAAUCAUUUAGAGUUCAAUGUACUUUGGACAAACAUUACCGCAUUCAUACUGGAGAACGGCCUUUUAUCUGUGGUAUAUGUUGUAAGACAUUCAGUGAAAACGGUAGUUUGAAGAAGCAUCAGAGGAUACAUAGUGGAGAGCGUCCAUAUUCAUGUGAUAUAUGUAGUAAGUCGUUUAGUGAACAAGGCAGUCUGAAGACACACCAACGCAUACAUAGUGGUGAGCGUCCAUAUGUGUGUGAAGUGUGUAAUAAGUCUUUCAGUGUUCUGAGUACUCUAAAGACUCAUCAACGUAUACAUAGUGGAGAGCGUCCUCAUUCCUGUGAUGCAUGUGGUAAAUCAUUUAGUGAUAAGAGCCACCUGAGGACGCAUCAACGUAUUCAUAGUGGACAGAGACCAUACGCCUGUGACGUAUGCAAAAAAUCAUUUAGUGUUAAGAGUACUUUGAAAACUCAUCAACGUAUACAUUCUGGAGAGCGUCCAUAUUCUUGUGUAUUGUGCAAUAAAUCAUUUAGUCGGAGGCGUACUCUUACAUAUCAUAUAAGAAAACAUAGUGGAGAACGUCCAUAAUCCUGUGAUGGUUAACAUUCAUUACCCGGGCCCCUUUAGGUGUAACAAUAUAUUUUUGCUGGAGAAUGUUAUUACUGAAAAGUUUGUAAUAAAUUAUGCAAGAUGUAAAGUAUUCUGAAGUGUUAUCAAUACAGAUUAAUGUUGUGUGUGUGGAAAUAUAUUCUAGAAAUGAAAUACAGAGUGUGCAGCUAUACUUGAA